CUGACUGCGCGCGUAUGCAGCGGCUCCUCGUCAUCCUCACUGCUGAGACGCAGACACACAAGAUCCGCUGGGACUCCUCCGAUAUCCAGCAGCUCUCCUGCGCUCGGAAUGGAGAUGUUGAAUAAUCGACUAAAAUAAGGAAAAGUCCUCGCAGAGAUCAAGAUGGUGUCGUGGAUCAUUUCGCGGAUGGUGGUCCUGGCCUUCGGGACCCUCUACCCAGCCUAUUCCUCUUAUAAGGCUGUGAAGACGAAAAACGUCAAGGAGUAUGUGAAAUGGAUGAUGUACUGGAUAGUAUUUGCGUUAUUCACAACAGCAGAGACCAUCACAGAUAUGCUUUUAUCAUGGUUUCCAUUUUAUUUUGAGCUGAAGAUUGCGUUUGUCAUCUGGCUGUUGUCCCCGUACACCAAGGGCUCCAGUGUGCUGUAUCGCAAGUUUGUGCACCCCACGCUCUCCAACAAAGAAAAGGAAAUUGAUGAGUACAUAACCCAGGCUAAAGACCGCAGUUAUGAGACCAUGAUGCGCUUUGGGAAGAGAGGACUCAAUAUAGCUGCCACUGCAGCAGUCACGGCAGCCACAAAGGGUCAGGGUGUGUUAUCAGAGAAGCUGCGCAGUUUCAGCAUGCAGGAUCUGACCCUGAUUCAGAACGAAGACGAGCUGCUGCUGGAUGCCGCAGACGACACACACACUGCCGCCACGCUACCUCGGGCUAGAAUGGUCACGCGCACAGUUCGUGCCACACCCAUACCGGCUGACAACGAAUCACAGCACAGCUGUCGCUCUGAUGACCAAUCAGAUAGCAGGACAGAGCAUUCGGAUGAAGAUGCAGCAGAUAAGGCCCCAAAACGCCCUGCAAGCUCCAGAGCAGUCAAGAAACCAGCCGCUGCCAAAACAGAGCAGACCACCAAGACAGUGAAGAAACCCACAAAGAAGAAAACCACCACCACGGCCAACAACAAUGCUGAGUUACCAUGAGUCACACUGCGUUUAUCCAUCCCUGGGCAACACACACAUUCAUGUGCUUUCCCAUACUAACAUUAGUGCUUUCCGCUUUUACAGACAUGUUCUUACAACUGCAGAUACACACACAAACUAAAAUGCAUCACCUCUAGUCGGUUUAAUGCGGUGAGGAAGUUAAGACGUCUGGCUUCAUGCAUUCAUUUUCUGUUAACACUCCAACGUGUGUGUUUCAAGUAAGGCUGGGUCUUGUCUUUUUGUCUGUAGGCCUUAAUAUUUCCAAAAGCAUGAGAUCAGAAAGCAGUGCCUGCACAUGAUCGUAUAUAAACACACCCACGGUUUCUCAUAACCACAAAAUCCAUACCAGAGCUUCACGGUUUCCAUAUUACAGGCCAAUCUCUCUUUUUUUAGCAUGUAGGACACACACUAUGGGAUGAACAAGAACCGGGAACAGAAAAACCGGGUUGUUAAAUGAGUAGAGUUGAUUUACAGCUCCGCGUCCACAGGGAGUCCUGGAGGUGCCCAGAGCAGCUCUGUUCUCAUUCCGGGUCACCGAACACCCCGAGCCCGAGACUUCAGAGAGGUCAGAUGUCUACUGGAAGCUGCAGGCACUCAAACGCUCUCGCCAUCAAUUAGUAGCGCUUUUGUCAGCUAGGGCUGGAGGCAUUUGGCACAUAAAAGCGGUUUCUUGUGCUAAUUUUACAUUCGUGUAGCGUGAUGAAACUUAAACAAGUGGUAGAUGAGAUGACAGGUGUCAUCUGGCGUUUUGGUAGCGCGCAAGAUGAAAACCAGUAAAGGACAAGAUCCCUCUGUCUUGAGUGAUCGGUUCCUGAAGACUGGAGAUUUUUAGUCUGUUCUUGGCUUUCUGUUGUUGUGGCUUGUUCAGCGAAACUCAAUUAUUCCAUAUCAGUUUGUAAUAGUGUCGAACAGAAUCGGUUAGCACAAACCAUAGCAUCCGCUGAGAGUCGGCAGAUGAUUCAUUGGGGUGAAAUGGUCUCGUUGCUGAAAAUCAUCUUAAAAGGUGCUUUUGGAAAAUAUGCUGGUUUAAAACCCUCUGGUCCUUUUAAAAAAAAAAAAAAACGAAUUAAUUGUUUGAUCCUUAGAACAAAGUUAAUUUGAAACCGCAUGUAGCCCUAAAUCCAGAUGUGGGCAGUUGUGUUGUCCUGAUCGAAACUUCAACUGCAGUUUGAAGUACAGGACUUUUUUGCAUUACUACAUGCAAUACUACUGAGAGCUGGUGGGUGGCGCUGCUGUACAGGAGAAUGAGAACACAUGGAUGGGGAAUAGUUUUGAAUUAUCAUGUAUUUAAAUCAAUCUGUUAAUAAGCUGAUAUUUUCCUGAAACAUCGUAAUUUGUGUAAAACUACUGACUGAUCAAAAUUUCUGCCUUACUUUAAUAGGCUUUUGAAGUUAAACUUUUUUUUUUUUUUUUUUUUUUUUUGAGGUUUACAUUUAGUGGGUCACUUUAGUAGGGUACGAUGUACAGAGACGUGUUGUUUCUUUUAAUAAUUUUUUUAAGUGCUGUUUGUUUUGUGCAUAUUUGUGAUGUUUUAGUUGAAGAGUUUCUGCCUGUUUUUGGAUAAGCAUGAGUCAUAGGCAAUUUGCUCUUGGAAACAAAAGAUGCGUGUGAGAAGGAAUGAUUUUCAUUUUGCAGUUCAUUUUAACAGUGCAAGACAUGUCAGUCUUACAUUUAGUAGUUAUUAGCAGAUCGAUGUUUCUGUAGAAACGCACGGUUUAGAAAUAAGAUCAUCAUGAUCUUUAAUUUAGUGUUGCUGAUUGGCAACUUGACAUUUUCUGUGUCUCAGUCUCUUGAGUAAUCAGUUUUUUUUAAAGACUCUUUAUUUGAGAUCUUUUUUUCUUUUAAUUAAAUGCUAGUGCGGUUGAUGUUCACCAACCCACACAGAAAUGACAAGUCAGUCUCACUUCUCAUUCUUUGUUUCAUACUUUUAUUUGCUUCUCUCCCCUCUUUGUUCAGUAUUUCUUAUUUGCAUAAAUAAAAAUGACAAUAACGUUUGUUUUCGUUUUUAUUCACCAAGGCCCACACUGAGUGAGACAUGACAAACUGAACAUAUUUUUCUUUCAUAUUUGGAAAUUGGAAUUAUUGCAUACAGAUUUGAACUGUGAGAGAAAAGUCAACAUUAAUAUAUUGUUUGUGCCAAUUCUCAAUGCUCUUAAUAUAUUAAAAGAAUGAAAACGAAAGAGAUUGCUGCUAAGUGUGUACUAACUGACCUUGAAUUAUUAUUCAAUAAAAUGCAAUUACACACCUAA